UACCCACCAAACGGUCAAUCUGUUUCUUCUUCCUCGCUUUCUCCAAAGGAUCCCACACAAAUUUUCCGAGAAAAUAAAUAAAUAACAUUUUCGGAUAAAAUCAAAGCCAAGCAAUGGUUCUCUGAUCUCAAAACCCUAACCGGUCACUUGAGGACGAUGAGGCCGACCCUCCCUGACCACUUCUUGAGCUCUGAUACCACCUUUUCCUCUCCAAUUAUUGAUGGAACAAGACCGUGCUCUCCAUUCGGAGCCGAAGAAAAGCGAUCCGGAGAACCCGAAGGUGAUCGAGUGGGAAGACUUCGAGGAAGAGCUUGCGAGGUUGUGGAGCCUCUCUGCUGCGCUGACAGGAGCUAAAGAAAAGAAACAAAGUCUCCAGCAAAGGCUCGAGGCCCUUGUUCAGGUUAAUGCUGAGUCAUUGAAUCGAUUGAAUGAGCUUGACGAGAUGCGUGAGAAAUUGGAGGCUAAAAAGAAGGUGAUGGAAAGCAUGUCAGUGUGUUCUAAGCUUGCAAAGGAGGAUGCUAAAAAGCAAGAGGAGCAGCUUAGCGAUGAAGUUAGGUCGCUACUGCUAGCUGGUACAGCUCUUUCUGUAGCAAGGAAGCGAUUACAGGAAUCAAAUAGGUUACUUGCUGGAGAGAAGGGUUAUGUUAGUCUCAGAAAUUUGCAGAAGAGGCUAAGAAUGAGGCAACAAUAUAUGAUAUCUCAAGUUUCAUUGCUCUAUCCUGUAAAGAUCUCGGUUGGACCUGCACAGGAACAGGAACUUGAGUUGUUUCCUAGCAGUAAUAAAUCAGGGCUCAUCCAAGUGCUCAGUGAACCCCGGACAUCAAGGCUUGGGAGUUCUGCUGGAUCAAAACCUGUUAAUCAAGGAUCCUUAACAAUCUUAGGUCUGCACUUGACUAUGCUUCCUUUUAAGAAGAUGAGUUUUUUCAGUGAUAAGAGGGAGGUUCAGAGAUCUGCAACUGCCCUGGGAUAUGUCGCACAUGCUGUUUCUCUUAUAGCUUCCUACUUAAAAGUUCCGCUGCGUUACCCUUUGCGCUUGGGUGAUUCUCAUUCAUUUAUUAUUGACUAUGCACCUUCAAUAGAGCCCACAUCAUCAGAUCCAUCAUCAAGUACAGAGCUUUUAACAAGUAUGAAGCACGUGGAGUUUCCUCUGUUUUUAGAAGGUCAAGACAUAACGAGAGCUGCUUAUGCUGUAUUCUUGUUGAAUAAGAAUUUAGAGCAGCUUUUGAAUUUCAUUGGUGUAAGGAGUUUAGGACCACGCCAUCUAUUGGCUAAUUUGAAGGAGCUUGUAAGAAGUGUCCAGUCGGCAGAGUAUAGAGAUACGUGAUUCAAUGUUGUUAGUAUCUACUGUAAAUGUAUUAAUUAUAUAUUCUUUCUCGGGUGCAAUUUUUUUAUGGAGCACCUUCAUGUAGCGUUGUCGGUUAUUACAAUUGUUGAAGCAAAUUGUGAUUUAGAGGUUUCUUGUUGGGCUCCUUAUUUUGGAAAGGUAAAUGAGAAAAACCACACCCUUUAAUUA